AUGGCAAAGAGGCAAGCUAUGGAAGCCCUAGACAACAGCCUACGUGAUAUAAUGGGCCGGCAGGAUCUACCGUUCGGUGGGAAGACUGUUGUCUUUGGAGAGGAUUUCAGACAAGUUCUCCCUGUUGUACGGAAAGGAUCCAGGGCUCAGAUAGUCGAUGCUUCUCUACGGAGGUCGUAUCUUUGGGAAUCCAUGCACCACCUUAAGCUCGUGCGCAACAUGAGGGCGCAGAGUGACCCGUGGUUUGCGGAAUAUCUACUGCGCAUUAGUGGUGGCACGGAGGAGGUUAACAGAGAUGGUGAUGUAUGUCUUCCUGACGAUAUAUGUGUCCCGUACUCUGGGGAUUCUGAGAAAGAGCUUGACAGGUUGAUUGAAUGCAUCUUUCCAAACCUCAAUGCAAACAUGACAAACAAGGACUACAUCACCUCCAGAGCGAUUCUAUCCACACGUAAUGAUUGGGUGGACAAUAUUAAUAUCAAGAUGAUCGGCAUGUUCCAGGGUGGGGAGAUGGUGUACCAUAGUUUCGACUCCGCAAUUGAUGAUCUGCAUAACUACUAUCCGUCGGAGUUCCUUAACACAUUGACUCCCAAUGGGCUUCCUCCACAUUUGCUAAAGCUCAAGAUUGGCUGCCCAGUCAUAUUGCUUAGGAAUAUCGACCCUGCGAAUGGGUUGUGCAAUGGUACAAGGUUCGUGGUUCGAGGCUUCCAAAAAAAUUCAAUCGAUGCUGAAAUUGUGCUGGGACAGCAUGCCGGAAAGAGGGUUUUCCUUCCUCGAAUACCGUUGUGCCCCUCGGAUGAUGAGAUGUUCCCAUUCCAAUUUAAGAGGAAGCAGUUCCCUAUUAGGCUCAGCUUCGCCAUGACGGACAACAAGUCACAGGGCCAAACUAUACCAAAUGUGGGUGUGUACGUGCCCGCCCCUAUGUUCUCUCAUGGUCAGUUAUAUGUUGCUAUGUCUAGAGCCACAGCCAGAACGAAUAUCAAGAUCCUCGCCCUCCCAUCUAACACAGAGGCAGACGAGGAACAGACUAAAAAGAAGGAAAAGAAAACUGCUAAUAAGAAAGUGAACGGUCAGGGUAAUCAAAAUAACAAUGAACAAAAAGGUAGUUCAGAGAAGAAGAAAAGGGUACCAACAGUAGAUGGCACGUAUACGAAGAAUAUCGUAUACAAGGAGGUUCUAACACCUUAG